AUGGGCAAGUGUUUUCGAGGCGAGAAAGUGAAAGUGGGCAUGCAUCCUCUUCGCUCAUCCACUUCGACCACAAAAUGGGCAACGCUGGUUCCCUUGACCUUCGCCGCAUCCAUUCGACGGAAAUGGGUUCCCAACAAAGGGCUGGUGCUGUUUCCGGCAGCAGGCGGACGGUGUCGUAAGAGGGACAGGGGACAGCGCAGUGACAACGGCUCCGUGAAGAACCCUCCGUGGAAGCAGGCCAAGGGCGAGACGGAUUUGGGAUACUAUCGCAGGCGAGAGCACUUGCAGGGAAACAAGACAAAGAAUCGAGGCUGUCGCAAGAAGAAGAAAGACAGCGAGAUCGAGAAGGCCGACACUAGCAUCGAGACGCCGGAUCAUGUGAAAAGUGAGGGGCUGACAGAGUUUCUUGACUGCUCCUACUUCUUUCUUCCCAUUUUUCGUCGGCUGGCCUCCGCGGAUGUGCUAGAGGUCGAGCAGAAGAGCGGUGCAAAUGAGAACGGUGGCUCACUCAGGCUGUCCCUGUCGCUUGAAAUAUCACGCCCAGGCGAUAUUUUCGUGGGCAAGCUCGUUCGGAAGAUUCGAGAGCGGCAAGCCUCGGAAAAAUUUCGCUGCAAGACGUGGCCGGAAUGGACGCAGCAGCAAGGCAUCGUCGUUACGCGAAAAUCCAGAACGGCGACGAAGUGCAGCUCGGCAACGACGGAUCGUGUUCGCGAGCCUCAGAAGCCUCGAGGCACCGUGGCAACCGAUCCUGAGACAAGGACGGCCAAGCACUUCAAGGACUGUUGCUUGGUCGACUCCCUCAGAGCUAUGGGCCAUAAGGUGUCUUAUCGUGGAGACGGACCAUGGAAAAUUUCGGACGGCAUGCAGUGGCUGCAGCCUAUGAGGAAGACCAUUCGGCCAUGCACCUUUCACGACGCGCUCGUCGCCCAGGGCGAUUUCCUGUUGGCGUACAGCAAUCACUUCGUGGCAGCCCGGCGCAGAGACGGUGAGAAUCUCAAGGUGAACUGCGGGCGCACGCAUAUGUGGAAAGAUUUGCGAGUCAAGUCGCAUUCUGGAACGCACGCUCUUCAUCAGGAUCUCGACGGAAACAUGCUUCUGGAUCCGAGAAUGCUUGAUGCAUGUUUUCGAGUGAUGCAUCGAGAUGAUGUUUGCGAAGAACAGAGUCUACCUGCAGAAAAUGAUUACUCGGGCGGAAAGAUGGUGGAGGCCUGCGCGCAGCAGAUCUUGGAGACCUGGGAGAGCUUGCAGCUCGAGCAAAUGGAGCCCGUGGUUGUUCCUACUGCAGAGAACUUGGUCACGCUGAACAGGCGCGAUGGUUACGCAGACUCGGACGAAGAGUCCGGUUUUUGGCACUCCUGGGAGGAACUAUUCGGUUCGCAGGCGCCCUAUUCUGAAGGCGGCUUUGACGACGAUGAGGAGAAUAUCUUGCAUUCGCCCGUACCUGUUGUCGUCCACAAUUUCGAUCAGAUUGUGAAUGAUGACGACACGUUCAUUGUCUGCGGCGUGCUUGAAGAUCAAUGGAACGCAAACAGCUUUGCAGGCAGCAGCCUCGAUUAUGCUGGAGGCUCGUCUGUCUUGGGCGAGGACGGUAGCAUCCUUACGAGCAACUUGAUGCCGCAGGACGUGUUGCUCAUUCUUCCUCAGACUUACUUUUCCUUUGAAUUUCUGAGUACGUGGGCUGCAUGUUCGCGGAGCUUUCGAGAUCAUGUCCGGCAACAGCUCAACUGGAAAGGGUUAGACAUUCCUAUCGAUGUUCCGGAGUUCACGAACGACGAGGCACGGCUGAGACGCAUGCGACGACUAUGGAAACUAGCACGAAGCGUCAUCAUGACACAGGCCCAGCUUGCUUUUCUGAAUCUGCCUCUUCAGAAAGUUCUUAUUCGGUGGGAAGUGGAAAGGAUUCCCUUUUCCGGUGAGCGCUCUCGUGGCUACAUGUCCAGUCAAACCCUGCUUGGCGCAGCCAGGUUUCUUGCGGAAAUUCCUGAAGAGAUUCGAACGGUCAUGAUCGGGGUCAAGAGUCCUUUUGGAACGAGAAAGAUUUUCUUGCACAUCAGAGAGGCUUACACUGAGCGCAUGUGCUUUUGCUUUUCUAUGUCAGGCAGAAUGGACAACCUUCCCACUGAAAAGUUUCCCGACAACGUCCUGUUUUCUGAGUUGCGCAAUGAAGUUACACUGAUCUGGAAUUCUCGAAUGUUUGCCGUGCAGAUCAACCAGCACAUGUUUGGGCCGGUGCAAGUGCGAGAGGACUUGCCGAGCGGGCCAUCGUCGCAAGCGAUUCCUUUCAUCUGGGCGAGCAAUCCUAAGCGAAGUCCAAACUCGCCGAGGAUUCAAAUGCUGCCGUUGCUCACACCUGUUCUUCCAGACGCACGAUGCCUCUGCAUCCUAUGUGGUCUAGAGAGUGGCUUGAAUGAACAGCAAUGGCGAGUUUGCGUGGACUGCAACACGUGGGUUUGCAGAGAACACGCCCGAGCACUUCCGAACAUGCAGUGCCCAGGGUGUCCCUUAGUUCUGGCCGAUUAUCUGGGCGGCGCUCUCCCGCCGCCUCAAAUGCCUUGGGAAGUGGUCAUGUCCUUGCCUCAGUACUUUUUCUCCUACUCCUACAUGAAGAACCUUGCCGCCGCCUCGAAAGCGUGCAAGGCUGCGAUUGUCUCGGGCGAGGCGUGGCGCAAUAAGGUCGUCGAAGUGACGUGGCCCGAGUUCACCCAAACCAUUUUGCUUCGUCGAGUGGAGCCUCUCUGGCGCCACGCCAGAAUUGUGGUCUUCGACAUCGCGCAGCUGGCCCAGGUCCUGGAAAUGCCUGAGACAGCUCACGUGCACUUCAAUGUGACAUCUUAUCAAGGCUUUCUGCGCGGCGGCAGAGUAGUGCAAGGCUUCGAGUCCAACCAGCCUCUCAUGGGCUGCGCCAAUUUCGAACUCCAUUUGCCUCCACGAGCCAACGGCAUCUACUUCGGCGUGCAAGACCUGGACGGCAGGAAGAGAUCUUACUGUCGUGUGGACAAUCUCUUCACAGCAGACAUCGCUUGGUCUUUCGGCGUCACAGGAAGCCGCGUCCAGCGACAUCCUCGUGCCGACCAACAUCAUUUCUUGCCGGGCUAUGCCAACCGCGUCUGCAUGAAAUGGAGCCAGAGGUCGUUCGCCGUCAACUUGAACGACGAAGUGGUGAUUCGGGCAAGGCUUCGCGACGAUGUCGGCGACUCUGCCAUGGCGGCGCACAAUUUCUUCGAGAAGUUGGUAUGCAGCGACUACAUUCGGUAUGUUGACGCAGGCGGCUUUGUUGAAAACGGCGCCUUUCUGGAAGCGACGACCAAGUUCGAGCUCGUGAUUUCGAGCAUAUACAGGCGCCAUGCCGGUUUGUUCCAGCGUCUUCCUGAAGCCAUCAAGCUCCUUCCGCAUCCGAUGAUGCGUGCGGCUAUGACGAAGAGACUAUGGGAGGAAACGCUGGGGAGGACACGAACAAUUCUGGAUUUCUUGGAAGAGACCAAUCUGAACAUGAACGUUGUCUUUUAUCGCUACCUGCACGCGCAAGCGUCAAAACUACCACAGUGUCAGCUCCAGGUGUUAGGACGAUUACCUCAUCCGGUGGACUUUCCCGAUGAGAAGGACUGGUUCCGUUUGGCCUUCGAGUUUUCCUUGAGCCUGCACUUGCUCUUGGUGACUGGCACCAUUGACGGGGCGACUUCCACGUCUUCCGGCGAAGCGAAAGAAGAAAACGUUCAAUGCGAAUGUGCGUCCGAGCACAGAGCAAGUCACUCAGAGUGGUUUCUUUUGAGCUUGCGUCGCGCAGAAGCUCUUUCUCGGCAGCACGAGAGACGAAGCAGCCAAGAGCACGGCCUUCUACCUCUUGAUGGUUUUUCUUUGUGGAACAAAUGCUACAGCCCGUACUGUUGUCCGUCGUACGGAACGCAUACGUCCUCUAUCCGCUUGCCGAUGUUUUCAUUCACGCACGAGCUGCCUCCCGUGUUGGAAGCCGCCCCGCUUGACUGGCAAAGCUUCAAGUGUCCGGAGAUUUCAUGCGGCCUCUUGUCUCGGGUACAUCGGCAUCUCAGGGAUCAGCGGAUAAGCUUCACUGCAGGCAAUCACACGUACCAUGUCGACGGAAAAAAAGUUUCGAUCUCGGUCACGGGUCUCGUGCAUUUCUUUGCGGAAGAGUUCGAUGCUGAUGCUGCUAUCGCGUGCAUGAAACGAAGUCAGAACUGGCCCAGAGAGGCAUACGCCAAAGUCGUGGACGGAAAGCUGCAGCCCUUGCCGGACGCGGAGAUUAAAGAACUCUGGCGCAAGAAUUCAGUGGAGGCUUCUGCACGAGGAACUUGGAUGCAAAUCGAAGUUUUCUUGAACGGAGGCUGCUCUGAGAAUCCUGGAGUGGAGAUUGAUCUCUUUGCGAAGUUUCUUCAGCAGUUUCCCACGCGGCUCCUGGCCUUUCGUACAGAGUGGUGCAUUUAUGCAGAGAAUGAAGAUCUGGCUGGAUAUCUGGGUCCCUUCAUCGACGAGGUUCCGGACAUGGCACCUGAGGUGCACGCUAUGUUACAGAGUCGAGCACGAAGCACGGCGCCGCCUGCAUGGCAGGAUCUCAGCGGCGGAGCUGAGGCCGACAGCCAGACAUCUUUUGGGCGCCAGAUCGAGGACGAGUUGGAGAUGCAAGUUGAUGACGAUAAUGCCCGCCGUUCAUUGGAAGAAGCCUUCGCUGCUGGGCUAGUCUUUGAUGCUGCGCGCAGUGUCAGCCAAGGAAAUCUUGUGCCUUCUGAAGAAGACAUUUUUAGAGACGCCAAGAAACGACGUUGUAUGCCUGGAGCGGAAACUACAAUGGCGCGUUUGCAGGAGAUUUUUCAGAACAGCGAUGAGAGCUGUGCAGAAUCUUUCCUGAGCAUGCCGCCUGCGGUGCAGAGGAUUCAUGAUCGCACGAUCGUCCAACAGAAGAAGACAUACCUUGCCCUGGUGUCGCAACGGCAUCCGACCUGGCCGGAAACAGUUCAACAUCUUGCAGCAGCGGCGCUUACAUGUUACCGCACUCGUUUGAGCGACAUGUUUGUUCGCGAUUACGUGGCAUUGCUUUGGGUGAUGGAAGGAGAUCGAUUUCUUCGGGCGCACAACGGCACCUGCUACCUUUAUCACGAGCACGGAGCAUUCCAGGCCUUCGUGGGCAUGCCUCCAGAAUCGACGUUCUCCAGGGUGAAGCCUUUUCUGUUGCAGUUGGAAGGAAUGUUCAGGUUGAUGAGUUCCCGAGUGGAGCGCUCGGACUAUUGUCUGCUCGAUGAGAUCGCGCGCCUUUUUGACGAGCACAACAGCGCCUGCGAGUUCUUGAACCGUUGCCUCGAUGAAGCCAUCAUGACAGCUGGAACACGUUCUACUUCUAGACGACAGAUGAAUCGGCUGGAGGCACCGGAGAGGGGCGUGGAUGCACCGGCAGAGGCUCCUGCUGGCACACCUUCGUGGCCGUUGUUUACAGCGGACAUGAUUAGCCGUGUAGCUGCCCCUCUGCAGCGAGACUUGCUCGAGGACCCGGUGUUCCGGCAGGCCAAAGACAGGCUGGAAAAGUUUCUGAGGGGACCAACGGAGAAGAAAGUCAGGGCUGCGUGCGGUCUGGAGGAUCGCAAGCAGGAAGGCGGCUCGAGUUCAGCCACGGCACUUGCUCAUCUCGUCCGGUCGGCCACAACUGUUCAAGACGCAAACGAAGAUGCGUCUGCUGAAUGUUUGCAUGAGAGAGUGCGAAACGCAAUGAUUUCUUACGGUCUGAACACGCGUGGCACUCCGGCAACGAAGUUGAAAUUCAGCAAGGCCUGGUGGACUCGGUACUCGUCCUCGAAGAUCGGCAACAGGACAUUGACGUUGGAUGUCUUGCAGGACAAAAAAAUGGUCAUUUUUGCUGGCGGUGCUGGAGACAAGGGAAACGUGAGCCAGUCCUUCGUGAGUGAACGCACCGGCUUGUUCAUGAAUCCGACGUUUGCAGCAGCAAGCACACCUUUCUCGGCCGGCCAGAAGAAGCUCAUGCAUCUUCAUACACAAGGAGAUCCACAUUGUGUCGCAUUGGAAGUGGUCACCGCAAACGAAUUUAUCAUCACAGAUGAGAAGAAGCAGUACAGGGUCAGCUCCACGGACUUCUUGAAAUGCCUCAAGGCUGCUGUAGACUCGAAGUACAUCGUUCUUUUUGAUAUCUUCGGGAGCGAAGCAGAAGCAAAUGCAGCACAAGCAUCGAACACGGAUGACGCUUUGACCGCCACAGAGAUGGACAGUUUGCGGUGUCUUCAUGCAGCGGGCGAGGCGCAGGAUGAUGACUUCGUGGUGGACAUGGAAGAAGCAACUGACGCGGAAGAGCCGCCGGAGGAGUCAGAAGACGAAGGCAUCGUGCGCGUCGGCGACAGAUUGUUGAGUUCCCUGAAAAAUGAAGUCACGCAACUGAAAGCUGAGUGCAUUCCUAGGAGUGACGGCGAGUAUAGGUGCCCGUUUUGUCCGUGGCGGUCUUGGGCAGCGAACCAAUCGAAGAAGAGAGUUCUUGAUCACGUCGAGAAGUACCACGACCACAUCCACCAGUUCGUGUACUCAUUGCAUGCGGCAUUGGUUGCGCGCUUCCCCCCAGAGACCUGCAGCUUGCUACCGCGGCACGUCAAUCACUGGUGGCCAAUUCUAGAAGAUUUGUUUACCUGCCCCAAACUCAUGUGCGUCAUGCAGGGUUUGAUGCAAGAAGUUAUGCAGCACGAUGAGCUACAAGUCAUCAGCAUCGACUGCACGAUGAGAUGCUGCCUGCCUCUGAUGGGACAAGCUCAUCCUCGGUCUAGCCAGGAGGCAAAGCGAAGCGCAGCUUUCCGCGGCCAGGAAGCUUCUGCAAGAGCAGACUGA